AUGGACACACUUCUACAUACCCCCCGCCUAACCCUCGUCCGCCUAACAGACACCUCAUCCCUUUCCUCCCCACACGUUCACCUCUUCCACGAAAACUGGUCCAACCCCGAUGUCACAGGAUGGAGUCUCCACGGCCCUACGCAUUCCCUCGAUGAAAGUUACGAGUGGAUGAAAGAACAGUUGGCGCCUGGAAUAGAUAGCAUGUUUUAUUCCGUCUUUGUUAGACCGUGCGAAUCAGAUAAGCAGGACGACGAGAAGGAAAGGGGGCGAGAAAAGGAAGACAUUACCGGGUUAGGAGAGCACGUAGGCAGUAUAAGCCUCCGUCUUCAACCUACCGGUCCCUCCAUUCCCUUGUCACCUCCACCACCAGGUACUCCUCCUCCAAGAACAGAAAACUUGAGGGCAUUAGGAUACGCCUUCUUCCCCUCAGCGCAGGGCAAAGGAUACGCUACAGAAGCGGGACAUGCGCUGUUGAACGCUUAUGCCGCUUUUGUAUCUUCGUCUUCAUCUCCAUCUUCGUCGUCGUCGUCGUCGUCGUCGUCACCACAAAAACACCACGGCGAAGAAGAAGGAGAGGCAAAAAGGAAGACCUACAUCGAGGCAGCAGUAGACGAAGACAACCCCGGCAGCAUAAAAGUAUUGGUCAAACUCGGGUUUGAGAAACUGGGAUGGAAGCAUGAGGAGGAAAAGGUGUUUCUCAACGGGGCGUGGAGGGGGCCUGGAUAUUGGGUAUAUGGGCUGUUUGUUUGA